ACAAGAAGGAUGCAGUGUCCUGUAGGUUUCCCCCAAUUGUCUCAGAAGAUGGUAAUUAUUCCAUACACCAGAAUAGCCACUCAAGAUACCAUGAAGCUGUACGGAAGGUGUUGUUAAAAACAUUCCCCAAUGAGGUCUUCAGAGUCCCAGUGACAGAUGCUCAGAACUUCAGCUUCUGGUGGACCCACAAUCCAGGCGUGCGCCCAGAGGAAACAAUACCAUGGAUCCGGACUCCACGCCAUUGUCUCAUUAAAAGCCCAAUGACCAGAUACAUGGACCAUUCUAUUCUCAAUGACAAAACCUUCACUCUAUACUGAGGAGGGCACGCUUGCAGGAGAAGAUGAAAACUGGAACGAGGGCAAGAAGGGGUGAAAAUGGCCAAGUCUUCAAGUUGAGAGGGGGGAGGGGGAAGACUAGAGAAAGCAGAAUAAGCCAACGGAACUAAAGUCACUUCACACCGGGUGCGGGAGGCAGUGGAGUUAUUCCAGCGCAGGUGAGAUUCCUGAUGAGGUCACAUGUUGGUAUGAGAAGUGUGAAGGGGCUGGAGCACUGGGAGGACUGCCACAGAGGUCCUGACCUAAAGCAUGACAAGGGUCAUCUAUCCUCAUGGGGCUGAAGGGCCCCGAGCAGUUGUGCUCUCUGCAGCUUUAUCCUGACAGGCAGAAAACCACAGGAAGCCAUUAGAUCACAGAUGAAAGAGGGCCAGAGAUCCAGGAGACAAGAGCUUGCUAGCUGCGCCAGGCUUUGUCA